AUCGAUAGGUCGAUUGCCAUUAACGCAAGCGUCGUGAAAAAAGCCACAAAAAAUAAAUACAGACAAGACAGGCAUUUCGAGAACUUUUGCAAGAAAUCAAGCUGAAAAGUAGUCCCGACGCUCCAAGAUGAAUGGAGGCAACAUGCUGUAUGUCGGCGACGAAAUUGGAGCCUUAGUUUUCGAUCCAGGGCACCAUUCGUUGCGUGUGGGCUACGCGCAAGAGGAUUCGCCGAAGGCUGAGAUACCCUCUGUUGUCGGCAUUGGAGCAUCCCCAACUCCGGAUACGAAUCUUGAUCCAGAUACCAAAACUGACAACAAUGUGACGCCCAACAGAGGCCUUGUCCGCCACUACGUCCUCGUUAUCCCGCCUGCAGCCUCCAGUUCAGCUCCAGCUCCUACUCCCGCUCCCGCAUAUUUGUUUGUUUAGUUACUAGUUUAUCGAGCAUGCGAAGUGUGUGUGGCAAAAGUGUGUGCGAUUUUUGGUUGGACUGGUUUGUACUGAGGACCAUCAAGCGAGAGUUGUGCCAGAGCCGAUAUGGGCAGCUCCUUGACCCGAACAGAUCUGAGGAAUUCAUCGUAUUCGGUCUUGACUGUGGCCUGCUCUUCGGGACCCAGUGGUACGGCCUCGUGGCCGUACAAGCAUUCAGUUGCGCGGUGAGAAAAAAAAA